AUGUCGUCUCCUCUCCACCGCGUCAAGCAGCAAGUCGCCAUCAUCGGAUCCGGGAACUGGGGAUCUGCGAUCGCCAAGUUGGCCGCCGAAAAUGCUGCCCGACACAGCGACUACUUCGAAAAGGAGGUGCCCAUGUGGGUGUACGAGGAGCAGGUUAACGGCAAGAACCUCACCAGCAUCAUCAACGAAGACCACGAAAACGUCAAGUACUUGCCGGGCGUACAACUGCCGUCGAAUCUGAAGGCGAUCCCGUCGCUGACGGCCGCAUGCCGCUCGGCCACCAUGCUGGUCUUCUGUCUCCCGCACCAGUUCAUCCCCAACAUCUGUCGCCAGCUCAAGGAGGCCAAUGUGAUCGGCGCGGGGGCGUUUGCGAUCUCGUUGACGAAGGGGGUCGAUGUCGCUGGCGACAGGAUCAAGAUCAUUGCCGACGUGAUCGAGGAGGAGCUCGGGAUCAGCUGUGCUGCGCUCAGCGGGGCCAACAUCGCCAACGAAGUUGCACUCAACAAGUUCUCCGAAACCACGAUCGGCUAUCGCGUCAAGCAGGAAGGCGAGCUCUGGCAGAAGCUCUUCCACACCGCCAACUUCCACGUCCAGAUCAUCGAGGACCGCGCCGGCGUCUCGCUCUGCGGCGCGCUCAAGAACGUCGUCGCCGUCGCCGCCGGGUUCUGCGACGGCCUGGGCUGGGGCAACAACGCCAAAGCGGCGAUCAUGCGCAUCGGUCUGCUCGAGAUGAAGAGCUUCAGCAUGGAGUUCUUCUCCGGCGUUAAGACGGAAACCUUUGUCCAAGAGUCCGCCGGCAUUGCCGACCUGAUCACCACCUGUUUCGGCGGCCGGAACCGCUUGUGUGCGGAGGCGUACGUGAAGACCGGCAAGCCGUUUUCGCAGCUCGAGACCGAGCUGCUCGGCGGCCAGAAGCUGCAGGGCGUCGCGACCGCCCAAGAGCUCAACACGUUCCUAAAGGCCAAGGGCCGCUACAAGAUCGCGUUCGAGAACCUCGACCCCGCUAAGAUGACCGCCCAUCUCUGA